UUUCACCACAGCUUGAUUAGUAAUAAAAGCCAACACUCUGCUCCCAAGAUCUCUGCAAUCAGCCAAGCAAAAUGGUUCUAAAAAUAAUGGUUUCCUCUCUUCACCGGUCCUCCGCCUCUGUUAAUUUCCUCUGUUAAUUCUCAUGACCCUUGUUCUGGGCAUGCGAGCGGUUUUUCAAGACUCCUGUGCGGAAUGGAGGUGUCUGCGCUUACAGAGGCGGAGGCCAGAGAGGGUGUCGUACAGGAAUCCCCACACACGCUUUCUGGGCGAGGGCAGCAAUAAAUUUCAGGGUGUCAGCAAGACGACGUCUGGGACAGAAGGCUGAGGGGGAGGGAUCAGCUCUGCCCACAGGAGGCAACUCAAGUACAAAAAGAGUCCACCAGCCCAGCUGCGAGGUUCAAAACCUGUCUGCAGCUGAGACCGUGUGCUCAGAGAAGGAAGUGGGGAGCCGCGAUAUGUCUGAGUUGCAGCAGCUGAUGCAGAACGCCAUCCCCAGCGCCAGGGGAACCCUGAAGGACAACUACAGCAACCUUCUCAAAGUGGCAGAUUACUGCGAGAGCAACUAUGAGGAGGUGAGUGGCAAGAGGGCAUUGCAUCAGGGGCUGGCCCUGCCAGGCGGGCAGACUUGGCACAGGCUCCCGGUGGAGUAUAGGGUCAGGUUCAAGGUGCUGGUUUUGACCUUUAAAGCCCUUUGUGGCUUAGGGACCUCGUAUCUACGGGACCACCUCUCCUGGUAUGCCCCGCAGAGGAUCUUAAGGUCCAUGAAUAAUCUUAGUUUAGAGGUCCCGGGCCCUAAGGAAGUCAGACUAUCCUCCACCCGGGCCUUUUCAGUGAUGGCUCCGACCUGGUGGAAUGCUCCAUCCCAUGAGACUAGGGCCCUUCAGGAUUUAACCUCCUUCCGUCAGGCCUGUAAGACAGAGCUAUUCUGCCUGGCCUUUCAUUUGAAUUCAGCCUGAUCUUUUAUUUCCCUUCCCUUCCCUCCGCCUCCCCUUUUAUGAAGAUCACCCGCUCUGGGACCCCACAGCUAAUUCUCCCCUGGCCUCCUCGCCGGCCCAAGUAGGACCAAUUCAGCCAGCUAGCCCUGGGGAUUAUCUAAUGCUUAUUUCCCCUAAAUUGAUUUUUGAAUUUUACUGUUGUUCAUGUUUUUAUACUGUACUUUAUGCUGCUUUUAUAAUUAAGUGUUUUAAAUUUGUUGUUAGCCGCCCUGAGCCCGGUUUUUGAACCGGGAAGGGUGGGGUAUAAAUUUAUUAUUAUUAUUAUUAUUAUUAUUAUUAUUAUUAUUAUUAUUAUUACCAUUAUUAUUAUUGGCAAGCUGCCCAGGGCAGCAAAGUUUCAGGAGUUGCCCGGCAUGCUGGCACUGCAGUGUUAAGAGCCACGCACAGUGUGGUCACUGGAGUUCCUGGCAAUGUUGCAGAGGAUAGAUGUUGAGGAGCAUUCUUUGGGUGGGGGGCUGGCUGCUGGAAGAAUUGGGGUUCUCUCACACUGCCCUGCCCUCUCAGAAGUCUCUGUGAAGAUCCCGCGAGGUUGUUGUUGUUGUUUAGUCGUUUAGUCGUGUCCGACUCUUCGUGACCCCAUGAACCAGAGCACGCCAGGCACUCCUGUCUUCCACUGCCUCCCACAGUUUGGUCAAACUCAUGCUGGUAGCUUUGAGAACACUAUCCAACCAUCUCGUCCUCUGGCGUCCCCUUCUCCUUGUGCCUUCCAUCUUUCCCAACAUCAGGGUCUUGUCCAGGGAGUCUUCUCUUCUCAUGAGGUGAUCAAAGUAUUGGAGCCUCAGCUUCAGGAUCUGUCCUUCCAGUGAGCACUCAGGGCUGAUUUCCUUCAGAAUGGAGAGGUUUGAUCUUCUUGCAGUCCAUGGGACUCUCAAGAGUCUCCUCCAUCAUCAUAAUUCAAAAGCAUCAAUUCUUCGGCGAUCAGCCUUCUUUAUGGUCCAGCUUUCACUUCCAUACAUCACUACUGGGAAAACCAUAGAUUUUACUAUACGGACCUUUGUUGGCAAGGUGAUGUCUUUACUUUUUAAGAGACAUCUUAAAUGCUGUCUACCUCCUGCGAGGUAGGAGCACCUUAUCCCUGAGAGAGACCAUUCAGCUCGGAGAACUCUUGAGUUUACGCAGAGAUGCCACCAUCCUGCUCUGCCUUUGGAGGCAAUGAAUGUUGACCUAGCCUUGCUGGAGUUAGCCAGAAGCAGUGCCGGAUUUACAUAUAAGCUACACAAGCUAUAGCUUAGGGCCCUACACUCUUGGGCCCCCCAAAAAAAUUUAAAGGAAAAAACAAACCUGGAUGUACAUUUCCAAAAUCUAAGAUAAAAAACAAAUAAAACCUACAUACAGCAACAAUUUUUGUGUGUUGUGUAGGCUCCUGUGAUGUAAGUAAUGGGCCCCGCCUGCUAGCCUGCUCCCUAAAAUAUCACUGGUUUGCUCAUUUCUAUAUACAGUGGUACCUUGGUUCUCAAACUUAAUCCGUUCCGGAAGUCCGUUCCAAAACCAAAGCGUUCCAAAACCAAGGUGCGCUUUCCCAUAGAAAGUAAUGCAAAACAGAUUAAUCUGUUCCAGACUUUUAAAACCAACCCCUAAAACAUUGUAUUUCACUAUUAAUAUACGUCUUCUUAUUUGUAUUUCAGUUCAACAAUUACUUUGAUAAAAUACAUAUUUUGUUAUGCGCAAAUGGCUUUAGAUACCUAUUAGGUCCGUAAAUUACCAUAUAGCAUAUGUUUAACACAAAAAACAGCGACAAUUUGUUGUUGACAAAGGACAGCUAAACAUAUAAAGGGCCCCAUUACCUUCAGUAGCUUAGGGGCCUCAUCAAACCUAAAUCCGGCUCUGGCCAGAAGAUUAUUAGGUAUAUCCAGACAGCUUCUUAAACAGCAAGGCCUACUCACUUGGAUUCGUUCCCCCAUGACAUUCAGACCACUGUCUGUACAGAAAGCAGCAAUGUGAUGGCAUUGAAAAUAGGUCCAUAUUAUUCUUAUUACUAGGGUGGGGGUUCCUUGCAACUCAUUUUCACUUUCAGUUCACUUUUGAUUUGCAUAUUGCCUUUCUAUAUUGCUAAACACAAGGGGUUGUCAUGUGUCCUCUUUUUCCAGGACGCGUCCUUCUUUUCGGGGGUGAAAUUGGGGACAAAUUGCAUUUACCGUAUUGGCCUGAAUACAAAGCUUCACUCCCCCCCCCCCCCAAUUCUGACCGUGAAAAGUUAAAGUGUGGCUUAAGUUCGCGACCUUACAAAAAUUGGCUUUUGUGAUAUCGCUGCUGAAACAGACAUACGAUAAAACAGAACGGGUGUGAGUGCCUGUGGAAUUUUAAGGGAGCGCCUUAUAUUCAUGUAUUGUCUCCCCCCCCAAAUGAAUUUUUAAAGUGCAGCUUAUAUACGGGUGCGGCUUAUAUUCGGGCCAAUACGGUAUUUGCUUUGAAAAGUGUCUUCUUUUUUGCUUUUCAGAAAACCGCAACCUUGCACAAGGCAGUUUGCAAGCUGAAAAAACACAUACGCAUAAUAAUCUGAUCCAAUACAAAAAAGUCACAAUAACUUUAAAAUAAACAACUUAUAUCAAAUAAAGCAACAUUUAAUAAUCCCUUAGAAUAUAAAUAGUAAACAGUAAAAUUAAAUAUCAGCAAAUAAUAAUUUAAACAGUUUACACAUUUCAAUUGCAAUAAAGAAUUACUAAACCAGGGGUCAGCAAACCUUUUCAGCAGGGGGCCGGUCCACUGUCUCUCAGACCUUGUGGAGGGCCGGACUAUAUUUUUUGGGGGGAGGAGGAAAUGACGAAUUCCUAUGCCCCACAAAUAACCCAGAAUGCAUUUUAAAUAAAAGGACACAUUCUACUCAUGCAAAAACAUGCUGAUUCCUGAACAAUCUGCGGGCCGGAUUUAGGAGUUGAUUGGGCUGGAUCCGACCCCCAGGCCUUAGUUUGCCUACCCAUGUAAUAAACUAUAAUAAUAAUAAAAAAUAACAGCAAGUCGCAAUGCAUAAAAGGAUCAAAUUGAGAAGCAAGGACACACAACUUAUAACCAUCCCUGAAUUCCUCUUCUUUCUUCCCAGCUUCAAUUCCUGGCAUCUGGUAGGGUAGGGGUGGGAAAGAACCUUGGCUGAAACCCUGGAGAGCUGCUGUCAGUUCAGUAUAUGAAGUCCAUAUUAUAGUAAUAGGAUCAUAGACUUAGAAGGGACCCUGAGGGUCAUCUAGUCCAGCCCCCUGCAAUGCAGGAAUAUGCCACUGUCCCAUACGGGCAUCGAACCUGCAACCUUGGCAUCAUCAGCACCAUGCUCUAACCAACUGAGCUAUGAGCUCGAUGGACCAGGAGUCUCUGUCUUGGCAGCUUCCUGUGUUCGUAGAUAUACAACAGCACUUCCACGCUGCUGGGAACUGCAGUUUACUCCUCCCAGAGCUACAGUUCCCAGCGCCCUUAACAAACUAUCGUUCUCAGGAUUCUUUGGAAGAGCUUUAAACACACUUUAUGCACAUGGGUAGUGUGGCUGUGACCGUGCAGGAUGCGAUACUGGGUGUAGCAGGUAGAGCUAUCGUAGCCACUUAUACCACGAUACAGUUGAAUGUUGAAUGAACGAAACUUUAUUUGCGUCAGCCAACGGCCAUAGCAACAAAAGAACAUUGCAGUAUACACAGAACAAAAAAUAUUUAAAAAAACCGAUUCAGUUGUCCUGAUUUAUGGCAGAGUUCUCACUUCUUCCCCCUCCAUUUUCAUAAACCUCUUAGGCAAAGGACAAGCGGAAAGCCCUCGAGGAAACCAUGGCUUUUGCAACCCAGUCAUUAGCCAGCGUGGCUUACCAAAUCAGCAACCUGGCGAGCGACAUCCUCAAAACGAUGGACUUGCAGCUGGCUGAAGUCCGGCAGGUGGAAGCCAAAGUCUGCUCCAUUGCGCAGGUGAGAAGACAACAUGAAGAGGUGCGGCGGGAGGGCUUUAUUUGCCCCAGAACCUGUUUUUCUGGUUGGUAGCCCUCUGUGAUUGGAAUCGGGACCCUGGCUGCUUUGUUUUGGCUGCUUCCUAGGGGAUGAGAUGCAUUUUUUGUUUAAAUCAGUUUUAUUUGGGGGACCAUACACAUGCUGCUCCACUAAAGCACAUUCGAAACAAAUUCUUUCCACCAUAGAAUUGAAGAACUGGAAGGGACCACGAGGGUCAUCCAGUCCAACCCUCUGCAAGGUGGGAAUCUUUUGUAACCUGUCUUCACAGGGGAGUUGCUCCAGCCCCUUGACCAUGCAGAGUUGCUCUGUGCUUCCCAGCCUUUUGGGUGUGUUCCUUUGCAGUGUCACUGUUUAAAAGCCCCAAAGCAGACAGACCCGCCUUGUCCCCUGAGCCCUGACUACAAACCAGCCGAAAGAGAUUCCCCCUCCCUGUGCUUUCCCUUCAUACUGGAAUAUAGGGAGGCAUACACAAUGUUCCUGGACAUCGGAUACCUCUUCCUGUUGCUUGACGGCUUUCCUGUUUCCCAGAGAAUAAAAACAUAAUGGAUCAGGAAACAUCCGUGGAAUGGAUUAAUCACCUCUGUCGUGUCACCGGUUUGGUAUCUCCAAACACUUUGAUGAAGUCCACUUUUAGCUCAGCACAAGAGGGAGGUGUGGAGGGGAAUGGUAAGGAAUAAUGGUUUGCCUUCUGCUUAAUAAUCGGCGCUUCCUGCUGCUGGAUCCCAGAACACACUUUGCCAAAAUCGUGCAUUUACCACCUCUGUGCCUGCAGGUCUCUCUUGUCCAGAGGGGGAGCUUCUUCUGAGCAUAUGCACCAUUAUGUGCUGAUGAACAAGAGGGGCAUAGGCUCCCCAAAUACCGUGUAACAAUGCAAGGAAAGGGAGGGUGAGCUUUUUGAGAGGCAGAGUGCGCUGGCAUAGCACAGAGAAUAAGAGAGUGAGCUGUGAGCUGGUUAACCCUGGUUCAAAUCUCAUCGUUGACAGAGGAACAUAAGGAGAUGACUUAGACCAGUGGUGGACCUACGUUUUUGGGUUCUUGAAGCUUGAACCAUUAUGGGGUGGCGGGGUCCUUUGCUAUCAGCAACUGGGUCUGGGUGACCAUGGUUAUCUUCUUCAGUGGAAUUGUUCCCUGUGGAUCCUGUCACCUGAGGCACUUGCCUCACCUUGCCUCAUGAGUGGGCCGGCCCUGAUAGCAGAUAUAAUGAGGGAAGGGCUGUAGCUCAGUGGUAGAUCAUCUGCUUGGUAUGAGGAAGGUCUCGGGUUCAAUCCCUGGCAGGGAUGGGAGAAAACCCUAUCCGGGACUGAUGAGUCAGUGAGUCAAUUUAUGGCAGCUUCCAGUGUCCAAGGUGCCUUGGAACUGUGUGAGGCUAGGAGACUGUUUUUAGCACCCGAACUCAACUGGGCUCACAAGCCUUUCGCACAAAAGUCUACCGCUGGAUAGCUUUCUUCAUUUCAGUAGCCUAAUUAAGGUGGGGGAAAGUAACCUUCUUGUUGAAUAACUGGGAGUCAGAAACCCUUGCUGAUCUAUCAAAAAUAAUCCAGAGAUCUACCAGUAGAUUCCAAUCUGCAUUCUGCCCCUUACCUGCCUUAAAGGCCUCUGGGUGCUUCCAGGCUGUUGCUGUUUUCAGACGGGAUUCAAUCACAUCGCAACAAAUUGCAUGUUGUGCAAUAGACCACAACAAACCUGCUCUCCCCAAAUAUCUGACUUCCGGCAAUAAGGUAAGGUAAAGGUAAAGGGACCCCUGACCGUUAGGUCCAGUCAUGACCGACUCUGGGGCUGUGGCGCUCAUCUCGCUUUAUUGGCCAAGGGAGCCAGCAUACAGCUUCCGGGUCAUGUGGCCAGCAUGACUAAGCCGCUUCUGGCGAACCAGAGCAGCGCACGGAAACGCCGUUUACCUUCCCGCCGGAGUGGUACCUGUUUAUCUACUUGCACUUUCAUGUGCUUUCGAACUGCUAGGUUGGCAGGAGCAGGGACUGAGCAACAGGAGCUCACCCCAUCGCGGGGAUUCGAACCGCCGACCUUCUGAUCAGCAAGUCCUAGGCUCUGUGGUUUAACCCACAGCGCCACCUGCAUCCCGGCAAUAAGGAUAGGGAUGGUGAAAUGCAGUGGAAAGUUUGGCACAACCCUCACUUUGACUUCAUGAUCAUCCAAACUUCCCGCAAACAAAUAGGAAUGAAGGCUCAUCAAAUAACCAAUGUCGUCAGAUUUCCCUGCAAAUAAGGACAGGUGCUCGAUAAACAGGUCUUCUGCCAGAGCCCUGUCUGCUGUUGUCUUCUGCAACAGACUCAUGACUAGCUCUCUGAAUGUUGUUGUAAGAGGUUACUGAGUCUUUCCCCAUCGCUUUAUGCCAAGAAGAGAUUAACGGGCAACAGCCACCCUUGCUUUAGAUCGGAUGUCCUGCUUCACUAGGGCAAAAGGUUAAUCUGAACCAAGGCUCAGCCCCUGAACUAGUUUGAAGCCUCACCUUAAGUCCCCUGAAAUGUCGCUGGAAAUCAAGCAUGGAGACACAGCUGUUCUGCAAAAGGGGCUUUUAGGAAGGAAUGCAAUGCUGUGCCCACUUAUAACUGCUGUGUAGUUUCAUUGCGGCUUCCCCUCACGCAGUAUAUUUUGACGCAAACACCUUGGGAAUUGCCUGUUAAACAACAUCUCCAUCUGCUUGCCUUGCCUGGUGCAUUUCUUCACAGCAAGGCACGCUGUCUGUCUUCUCGUUGUUAAGUUAAGUGCCAUACGCUGUUUGGGGAAGAGCGGAGGCCAAGGCAGCAAGAGGGUUUAUGAGUUUACGUCCGAGGUCCAGUUUGAAGUGGAAGCACCCUCGUUUACAGCUCGCACCAGUAGUCGCAAGCAACUCUAAUCAAACUAAGUGGGAAUGAACUUCCAACUGAACCUGACCAAGGACUGGGAGAUUCAAACUGAAUUUAUUUUCCGCUCUUUAUGAAUGAAUUUAUUUGCCGCUCUCUAUGAAUGAAUAAAUGUGCCAUUGAGGUGGGGGUACUUCCUUACCACCAGCAGCCUUGGUGGUAUGCUGCAGCCAUACAUUUAAAGUGCACGACUACCCCCUAAGAAUCUUGGGAACUGUAGUUUGGUGUAAACUACAGUUUCCAUGAUUCUUUGGGGUGGGAAAUAAGGUAAAGGCAAAGGGACCCCUGACCAUUAGUUCCAGUCAUGGACGACUCUGGGGUUGUGGCACUCUAUCUCACUCUACUUGGCCGAGGGCUGGCGUACAGCUUCCGGGUCAUGUGGCCAGCAUGGCAGGCAGCUCUGGCAAACCAGAGCAGCGCACGGAAACGCCGUUUACCUUCCCGCUGGAGCGGUACCUAUUUACAGCCGACCUUCUGAUCGGCAAGCCCUAGGCUCUGUGGUUUAACUCACAGCACUGUGACUACCCCCUAAGAAUCUUGGGAACUGUGUAAACUACAGGAUUCCCAGGAUUCUUUGGGGGGGGAAGUAGAAUAAUAGAACUGUAGAGUUUGAAGGGUCAUAUAACCCAACCCCCUGCAAUGCAGGAAUCUCAGCAAAAGCCCCUGAACUAGUUUGAAGCCUCACCUUAAGUCCCCCCAGCUUAUAAACCUCCAAGGAAGGCUGAUGUUUAGUCGGAAUCUGUGAACCGCCCUGAGACCUGCGGGUAUAUGGCGGUAUUCAAACUAAAUUAACAACAAUAGUAACAACUGAACAAUAAUUCCUUGCAAACUUGAAUCCAUUGGUUCGAAUCCUACCCUCCGGAGCAGGAGAAAACAAGCUUGCUCCAUCUUCCAUGUGAGAGCCCUUGAGAUAUUUGAAGAUGGCUGUCACAUCCCCCUCUCAGUCUCCUCCCUUGCUUUAAGUAUAUGGCCAUGUUCACAGCUGUGCAGUCAUGCAACCGCAGUAUUUACAAAGCUCUGGCCAGGACAAGUCCAUCGUUCAGUAUUCCCCUCAUUAUGGCUUUGGCUUCCUCUUCUGAAUCUUUCCCCAUAUCUUCUUGGGGCCAUCAUGCACAGAAUUCAGUGCCGUACUUGCAGUGUGGCAUUACCAGCAAACAGUCUCCAAAUGUCCUUUUUGUUAUGCAUCCGUGAAGAUUUGGGCUCCUGAAGCCAUUGGGGUGGUCAUACGCAAUCCUGCUUUCAAUAUGGCCUGCACCUGCAAAGGUUGUUUUUUUUGGGGGGGGGGGAGGAUAUACCGUAUUUUUCGCUCUAUAAGAUGCACCAGACCACAAGACGCACCUAGUUUUUGGAAGAGGAAAACAAGAAAAAAAUAUUCUGAAUCUCAGAAGCCAGAACAGCAAGAGGGAUCGCUGCACAGUGAAAGCAGCAAUCCCUCUUGCUGUUCUGGCUUCCGGGAUAGCUGCGCAGCCUGCAUUCGCUCCAUAAGACGCACACACAUUUCCCCUUACUUUUUAGGAGGGAAAAAGUGAGUCUUAUAGAGCAAAAAAUACGGUACUUCUUUGUAUCCAUUGGUGCAUGCCCUCUGGCUUCCUGCAGUAAUCCUGCAAUUUUUUAUAUCACAAAUAUUCAGGGGUUUUUGUUGUUGUUGUUGCAUUGUAGCCCAAAAGUGUCCCUGCAGACGGCCAUAAUAUAAUAAUAAUAAUAAUAAUAAUAAUAAUAAUAAUAUUUUAUUUAUAUCCCUCCCUUCCGCAGCCAAAGCCGGGCUCAGAGCGGCUAACAACAAUAAAAUAAUACAACAUUCUAAAAUCAUUCCAUUAUAAAAUUAAUUCAAAUCAAAUUAAUGGCAACCAUUGGGCUAGAGUUCUGUGAGGAUUGCCAAAGGAGGGGGUCAGGAUGUGCCCUGGCCAAAGGCCUGGUGGAACAGCUCUGUCUUGCAGGCCCUGCGGAAAGAUGUCAAGUCCCGCAGAGCCCUAGUCUCUUGUGACAGAGCGUUCCACCAGAUUGGGGCCACGGCCGAAAAAGCCCUGGCUCUGGUUGAGGCCAGCCUAACGUUGGCGAACUUUCGUAGAACAGCUAAUAAAGCGGAAUGAAGUGUGGAUAGCUCAUUAUAAAUCCACCACAAUGCAUGACUUCUGCCUCAGUGACAUGUUGGGGAAUAUACCUCCAAACACCACAAUCCAAGCCCAUAUUUUGGUGCUUGAGGGUAGAAAACCCAGAUGACUGAAGCCGGCUGUACUAUUAGACAGAGUGAGGCGGUUGCCUCAGGCAACAGAUAUUGAAGGGCAGGGAUCAGACAGAACUACCGGUAUGUACACCACAAAUAUGCAGGAUACCGUGACCAGCAGAGAGGGCCAAUGAGGAGUCAAUUGUGGGAGAGGAGAAGCCAAAAACAGCUUCCUGGGGAGUGGGCUUUGCUACCUGUCCCCCCCAAAAUGGUAGGGUGCUGCCAGUUUGUGUGUUGACUAGAAAUACAAUUAAACCAGCUCCUGCAAAUGGUCCCUGACCCAGCUAUGGCCUCCUUCCCUCACCGUGUCUUUCUGCCUCAGGUGGUGGAGAUGCACAUGGAGAAAGUGUCCCGCCGAGAGAUCGGGGCCCUUUCUGUUUGCAAGAGAUUUCCGCACCAACAGAAAAUCAUCCCCCCAAGCCACGUGGAGCCCCUGGAGGCGUAUUACAGGAAACCGCUGAACUUCAACAGUUUGGACGAUAUUGGGCACGGGAUAAAGGUGAGAGCUGGGCAUGGCCUCCUUUGCUCCCCUAGCUGUAGUCGUCCUCCAUGCUGACAAGCCAUAAGGUAAAGGGACCCCUGAGCAUUAGGUCCAGUUGUGGCCGACUCUGGGGUUGCGGCACUCAUCUUGCUUUCUUGGUCGAGGGAGCCGGCGUACAGCUUCCGGGUCAUGUGGCCAGCAUGACUAAGCCGCUUCUGGCGAACCAGAGCAGCGCGCGGAAACGCCGUUUACCUUCCUGCCAGAGCGGUACCUAUUUAUCUACUUGCACUUUGUGCUUUCAAACUGCUAGGUUGGCAGGAGCUGGGACCGAGCAACGGGAGCUCACCCCGUGGCGGGGAUUCGAACCACUGACCUUCUGAGCGGCAAGCCCUAGGCUCUGUGGUUUAACCCACAGCACCACCCAAAAGGUCCUUAUCCAGAGAGGAAAAGGAGUACAUGCUGUUGAAUCUUCUGGGGAAAUUGUGCUGGAUUUUGUACUGCUAUGGAAUGUGGGGGGGGGGGGAGCCACACCUAUUGAAUUUCUGCCUGCUAGCAUAGGAGUACUGGCAGGCUAGAUCCUAUCUUGACAGAGAGAAAAUAAAUGGCUCCUUUGAGAGGAAGGGCAGGAUAUAAAUUCAACAAACAACCAAACCCUUUUGCAUACUUCAGAUCAUACAUCUGAUAAAGACAGUUGUUGCUGUAUUGUUAUUACACUUCUAUCCUGCCUUUAUUCCAGGGAGCUCAAGGUGGUGUAUGUGGCUCCACCUGCUCAUCAUUUUAUUCUCACAACAACCCUGUGAGGGGGGCUAGCCUGAGAGGCAGUGACUGGCUCUCCCAGUCAGUGGGGACUGGAUCCUGGGUUUCCCAGGUCCCAGACCAACACACAAGCUACCACACCACACUGGCUUUAACACCGUGUGUGUGUGUGUGUGUGUGUAUGUGUGCAUUUAGAAUAACUAAACACCAGAGUAUAUAAAUACCUUGAGAAUUAAAAUAGCAAACUACCAAAAUCUAGCACUGGUUCUAAAUUGUGGAUAGAAACUAUCCCAAGCCAAUGUCUUGCUGCCUGCCAUAAAGGUAAAGGUAAAUGACUCCUGGACGGUUAAGUCCAGUCAAAGGCGACUAUGGGGUUGUGGCUCUCGUCUCGCUUUCAGGCCAAGGGAGCCGGCACUUGUCCACAGACAGCUUUCCGGGUCAUGUGGCAGCAUGACUAAGCCGCUUCUGGCACAACAGAACACUGUGACGGAAACCAGAGCGCAUGGAAACGCCGUCUACCUUCCCGCUGUAGCAUUACCUAUUUAUCUACUUGCACUGGUGUGCUUUCAAACUGCUAGGUUGGCAGGAGCUGGGACAGAGCAACGGGAGCUCACUCCAUUGUGGGGAUUCGAACCGCCAGCCUUCUGAUCGGCAAGCUCAAGAGAGGCUCAGUGGUUUAGACCACAGCGCCACGUGCGUCCACAUACCAGCCAUAUAGGUCAGCUGGUAUAUCCUGAGGCAAAAUGUGGAGAAAAUAUAUGUGCCAUCACUCCUGUUAACAUAAUGCAAAAAACCCUAAAACUAAAAGGGGAAAAAAAUGCUGUUGUUCUCUGGACUUAUCACAAAGCCAGGGAAUUUCUGAGCAACAGAUAUGGGCAUCCUGGGAGAUCACAUCGCCACUAGAAUUACUGAGCAGCAUCAAUGGCAGAAGGAAGCAAACAAGCAAAUUAAUAUAUCAUUAGUUUUAUUCAUAAGUCUGGCUGUGGUAAUACUUGCUGCACAGUGUGUGGUUUGCUUCGGACUCAAAACGAGAGGUGCUGUGGCCUAAGCCAGAAGAUUUGAUGACUUAUCUAGAGACCGAAACUCAGUAACAGACAGUGAGUCUCCAAGCACUUCCUCUGUGGAAAAUGUACGUCUUUUGAUGAACCACCAAGCAAUUGCUUUCUUCCUUUAAAAAAAAAAAAAAAGAUUAGAAAGAGAGCACUCAGACAGCAAUAUCUUUAGCAGUCAAAAAACAAAACAAAGCAACGUCCCAAAUCCAAAGAAAUUUAAUCACAAAAGGUUAUAUCGAAAUUAAUGGCAGAUAGAAUAGUCGCAAGUAACUAGUAUCACUUUCAGUGAGACUUAAUUAAUGUAACUGUACUCACGGCUCAUGUGAGUUUUGCAUGACGUUGACUUCCUGAACACAAGUUUCUAACCCUCAUGAUGGCUGAGAAAAUAUUGAAAAAUGUGGUAGAAUUGGAUAUAACUGCUGAGUGACAAAACGUGACUUUUAAGCUCAAAAUAAAAUAUUAAUUUUUUUUAAAAGAAAAUAUAUAUAUGCAGAUGGCAGCUUCUGAAGGAGGAGAAACCGAGUCUUAGAAUAGAGUUUCCACCUGCUAUUUAUUUUAAGAAAGGGAUCCCUUUUUUUAAAGAGGAUUACAGGUCACAUCCACAGCACACAUUCAAAGUACUCUUAUCCUACUUGAAGAGCUAUGGCUUAAUAAUAAUAAUAAUAAUAAUAAUAAUAAUACCCCGCCCAUCUGGCUGGGUUUCCCCACCUACUCUGGGCAGCUUCCAACAAAAUAUUAAAAUACAAUAGUGCGUCAAACGUUAAAAGUUUCCCUAAACAGAAUGCUGGGAAUUGUGGAGGGUCUCCUAAAAACUCCCAGCAUCCUUAAUGAACUGUCUUUCCCAGAAUCCUUUGGGGGAAGCCAUGACGGUUUCAAGUGGUACGCUACUGCUUUAACCGUAUGGUGUGGGGAUAUGACCCAAAUGCCGUAUUGCCAAAUAAAGGACCUUUCUUUAAUUUAAGAAAGGGGAUGACAAAGCACCCACACACUUUCACGUGUCUCAAACACUUCUCUCCACACCACCCCAGAGCAAUAAUACCAUUCUGAAUUCAGCCUGCAGCAAACGGAGAAGUCGCAGCUACAUAAGGACGCCUGCGAGUUAAAUUUAAGCGCUUCUCUCUUCCUUCCCCACUGGGCACUCUCUCGUGAAGAGAAAAAGGAGAAUUGUGCUGUCAGCUGUGGCCAGCCAUCGAGACCGAUCUCAACCACAAGGGCAUGAAACUGAUGAGGCAAAGAUUUGCCGGGCUCUCGGUUCCCACACUGGCGUCUGCUUCCCCAGCGGCGUUCUCUCUGCAGCUGGGGCUGCUGCCACAGCAGGGGCCUUGCGCCACUUUGGCUGCUGCCCUUUGUUGGCAUGCAGAUUUGGCUCAGUGACUGAGGGGCCCCCAAGAUGCAUGACCCAGUUUCACGAAAAGGUGCGCUCCUGUGGAAGGGAGGCUUUCAAGCUUGGCCUUUUGAUGCUAAGUCCAGAAGACUGGAAAGGAAAAGCCCUCCGUCUCUCUAAAAACAGGUGCAGAAGCCCGGUAGAAACAUGUGUAAUAAACAAAAUCUGCCCUUAUUCCCUUAUGGGGGACACAAGAGCCCUUGCAGAGUCCAUUGUAGGUUCUCCAUCGGUAGGAGAAAAUAACAGAGGCCAACCAGAGAAUAUUGAGAAGCAAAGCAGCUAGUAAGCCUGAUCUUUAUUGAACUGUUGCAACAGGGUGCUCCCCUCACAUGCAGAAAAGGCGGAGGACCCAGAACCCAGGUGUGCCUGCCCUUAUAUAGACAUUUUAAAUUCCCUGCACUGGAGCUCAAGACCACCCCUCCAUACAUCAUACAUACAUCACAGAAAAGGUGGUCUACAACAGAAAUUUGAAUGUUGUUGUUUUUCCUGUCUGCCAGGUUAUCUGAUAAUGCCUUAUCUGAUUGCCUUUCCUGGUAGUCUGGCCAUUUCUUUGAGAUGGUGAUUACCCAAUUCCUGAGACAAUGGGAAGGUUCCCUCACCCCCUCCCUCCUUGCAGAGAAAACAUUUGGUCAGUUUGGGAGUCAAAAUGGUUCCAGGCCGGUCUUCCUGUGCUGCUCCAGACAUGUGGUCCACAUAUGUACGUCUUUGGUUGGUACAUUUUAUGAACAUUUAUUAAAAUAUAAGACCUUAACAUUUUUAUUUCACAUGUCAGAUGACAGCGAGAGGCCUAAGUAGGCCUGGAACGUGAGCUUCGGUUGCAGGAUGGGGCAAGCGAGGGCUGUAGCUCAGGGGGACAGCCUCUGCUUCCCAGGCAGAAGGUAUUGGGUUCAAUCCCCAGCAUCCCCAGGUAUGGGUGGGAGCAUCCCUGUUUGACAAUCUGGAGACUGACUGCUGGCAGUCGGUGCACAAUACUGAGGAGAAGGUGCUGUGGUCUACGCCACUGAGCCUCUUGUGCUUGCCGAUCAGAAGGUUGGCGGUUCGAAUCCCUGCAACAGAGUGAGCUCCUGUUGCUCAGUCCUAGCUCCUGCCAACCUAGCAGUUCGAAAGCACACCAGUGCAAGUAGAUAAAUAGAUACCACUGCAGCGGGAAGGUAAAUGGUGUUUCCGUGCACUCUGGUUUCCGUCACAGUGUCCCGUUGCACCAGAAGCGGUUUAGCCAUGCUGGCCACAUGACCCGGAAAGCUGUCAGUGGACAAACGCUGGCUCCCUCGGCCUGAAAGUGAGAUGAGCACCGCAACCCCAUAGUCGCCUUUGACUGGACUUAACUGUCCAGGUGUCAUUUUCCUUUACCUUGAUGGCGGGCAGCAAGAUGUGAAGCAAGACAACAGCUUGGGAUAGUUUCUAGCCAUGAUUUAUAACCAGCGCUAGAUUUAUAACCAGUGCAAGAAGAUAAAUAGGUACUGCUGUGGCAGGAAGGUAAACAGUGUUUCCAUGCGCUCUGGUUUCCGUCACGGUGUCCCAUUGCGCCAGAAGCAGUUUAGUCAUGCUGGCCACGUGACCCGGAAAACUGUCUGUGGACAAACGCUGGCUCCCUCAGCCUGAAAGCGAGAUGAGCGCCGCAACCCUAUAGUUGCCUUUGACUGGACUCAACUGUCCAGGAGUCCUUUACUGAGCUAGAUGGAUCAACGGUUUGACUAAGUAUAAUUCAACUUCCUAUGUACACCAACAGAGCAAAGUUCACACACAGGCAGCGAACUGAGGCUGCUUCCACACCUGAGGAACUUUUGCUACAGCGAGAGCACUUUUCGAAUUCAGUGGAGAGACGCUUUUAGAACGGACGCAAAUCUUUAGCUCUGUUGAUUAGAACGUUGCAGCAGCACUCGAGCAUCAGCUGUCAAAUUGUUACGCCUUUGCAUGCGUUGGUAACCUAAAGCGGCCUUGACUACUGUUAACAUGCCUUAUGUGGGACUGUCCUUGUAAGUGGUUCAGAAUCUGCAGCUACCGCCAAAGUUAGUGGCCAAGGAGAAGGUGACUGACAACAGGUUAAUCCUCUGCUGAAAAAGCAGCACUGCCUUGUUUUCUCUCUUUCACAUACCUCUUUCCCUUCUGGUCUCUCUCUCUCUUAGGAUCAUGGCACACAGUUGGCCAAAACAGGGACUCUCUGCCGGCGAGGAAAUGCAACAUCAUCAGGGCAGUCAUCUGGGAGCCUUAGGUGAGAUUGCAUCAAGUAGAGGCAUGAAGUCCUAGUUUGCCUUCUAGCGCAGCCAAGAUUUCUUCUCAAAGAUUGGCCUUCUGAAAUCUUCUCAGAGUCCUGUAGUGAUUUCAUGCUCUUUAUUGCAGCUUGUAAAACAGUGAUUGAAUUGCUCCCCCAAACCUCAGGCUUUUAUAUACAUUAUUUACACAAUAAGUCCCGUCUGAUUGGCUGAUUCUGCUUCCCUCCUGGAGCCUGAUUGGUCUUUUCCUGCAGGCCAAUCAGUUGUUGCAUUCUACAAUCCUACCAGCAUAAUAGGGACGCGGGUUGCGCUGUGGGUAAAACCUCAGCGCCUAGGGCUUGCCGAUCGCAUGGUGGGCGGUUCGAAUCCCCGCGGCGGGGUGAGCUCCCGUCUUUCGGUCCCAGCUCCUGCCCACCUAGCAGUUCGAAAGCACCCUUAAGUGCAAGUAGAUAAUAGGUACCGCUUUAUAGCGGGAAGGUAAACGGCGUUUCCGUGUGCUGUGCUGGUGCUGGCUCGCCAGAGCAGCUUCGUCACGCUGGCCACGUGACCUGGAAGUGUCUCCGGACAGCACUGGCCCCCGGCCUCUUAAGUGAGAUGGGCGCACAACCCUAGAGUCGGACACGACUGGCCCGUACGGGCAGGGGUACCUUUUACCAGCCUAAUAGGCUGAUUAAUUUCCUCCUGGAGCCUGAUUGGUCUUUUCCUGCAAGCCAAUCAGUUGUAGCAUUCUAGGAUCCUACUUGCCUAUUGUUCUAGGAUCCAAGCUUAGUACAUAACACCUUCGCUAUUGCCUUCCUCCUCUUCCCAACACAACUGGAACCGAAACUCUUCCCAUUAGGUGUUUUGCAGUCCAGCUGUUUUGGACUACAACUCCCAUCAACCCCAAUCAGUCGGCUGGGGCUGAUGGGACUUGUAGUCCAAAACAUCUAAAGCAGGCUUCCUCGACCUCAGCCCUCUAGAUGUUUUUGGCCUACAACUCCCAUGACCCCUAGCUAGCAGGACCAGUGGUCAGGGAUCAUGGGAACUGUAGUCUCAAAACAUCUGGAGGGCCGAGGUUGAGGAAGCCUGAUCUAAAGUGUGCCAGGUUUUGUCUGCAAUCCUAACCUGUCUGCUGGCAGAGAAGGAGGUCCACUGAUUGGACAACAUGCUUCAUAAGCCAAAGCAAAGUAGAUAAGAGAGGAAGAUCAAGAUAAACAUUCAACUCAAACUUUUUUUUUUGUUUUUUUAGGAGAAGUCAACGGAUUCCAGAGCCAAUACGGCCACCAGUUGUCCCAGAGGGCAAACCCUCCUCAUCUGCUUCAUCUUUGUCAUCACUGAGGUACCGUUUGUGAGAUUAUAUUUCAGCACAAAAGGAGACAGGGUGUGGGUGGCAAAGACAAACUUAGGGAGAAAACUGGUGGCUAUUUUUCUAUGGAAAAUGAAGAUAAGUUCCUGUUCCAAGGGGUCUUCGGCGAGAUCUGUUGCCUUUCUACAGUGGUACCUCGGGUUAUAUACGCUUCAGGUUAAAGACGCUUCAGGUUACAGACUCCGCUAACCCAGAAAUAGUGCUUCAGGUUAAGAACUUUGCUUCAGGAUGAGAACAGAAAUCACGCAGCAGCGGCGCAGCAGCAGCUGGAGGCCCCAUUAGCUAAAGUGGUGCUUCAGGUUAAGAACAGUUUCAGGUUAAGAACGGACCUCCGGAAUGAAUUAAGUACUUAACCCGAGGUACCACAGUAUUUUAAACAAACUGUUUCUCUAAAAGCAUAUAAAUUAGCAAAUGUUAUGCUCUCUCUCUUUUUGGGUGAUGCCCAAGUGAGCACCCUAACCCUGGUCGGUGUGUGGCUGUGAACUAGAAGGUUGGUGGUUUGAGCCCACACAGGAUUCCUGCAUUUCAGGGGGUUGGACUAGAUGGCCCUUGGUGUCCCUUCCAUCUCUACAGGUUCUACGGAGUUCAGAGCUGGGAACUUGGAACCUAGCUCCUAUUCCAACCUGCUCCUCUCAGCUCAGGGGAGGGCAGCUGCAGAUUUGGGCUUCUCACCAGCUUGUUUCCUUCCAAGGCAAGCAAGCUGUCUUAUACUUAGCUGCAUCAGUGGUCCACUGAGCUUAGUAUUUGUCUACACUGGCUGGUUGCAGCUUUCUAGGUUUUUAAAUUGGGAGUCCUGCCUGGGGAUUGAACCAGGGACCUUUGGUGUGCAAAGCACGAUGCUCUACCGCUCAGCCACGGCUCCAGACAACAGAUGGUGAAAUGACUUGCAUCUCAGACCUUCUUAGCUUUGUUUGGGCUCCACAAAAUGACGCUUUUAAUCCUGCUCCACAACAUAAGGCAAUGGAAGCCUGCAGCUGAACCAUCUGAGACUGCUGGGAUGGGGGUGCCAUUUUGAAACAUCCCCCAUUGCAACAUCUACAGUGCAGCAACGAAAGUAAAAAUCCACCUGAGCCCAGCAGGGUGAAAGCAUCUAGCUCAGCCUCCCCUCUCUAGCAUCAAGAAAUGGUCUUUCCUUCUUGUAUCAUCAGCUCAGGCGUCUUCUGUGCUGACCCUCCACUAGGAAAGGACCUGGGGCUUCCAGAUGUUGUUGGACUACAACUCCCAUCAGCUCCAGCCAGCAUGGGCAAUGAUCAAUGAUGAUGGGAACUGUAGUCCGACAACAUCCACAAGGCCAACAGAUUCCCCAUCCCUGCCCAGGUGCAGCGUACCUUGCAUUUACCUAAAUCUUCCUCCUUUGAAUGUCACUGCAGCCCCACAGAAGCUAUGGAGAAGACUGGUAUGAUCACAUCUACUGAACCACCUCCACCGCCUGCGCUCUCGCCUUUUCCUCCACCGGCAGAGGCAAGUGAUGUUCUUCCUCCUCCUCUUCCAGAAGAUCUAUUGCCACCGCCACCACCUUUUGCAGUCAGCGAUGUCACCCCAGGUAAGGCUACCUCCUCCUCCUUUUUCAAAGCCAGAACAAAACUGAACUCAAAAUUAGCUGGGGUAAUUGCAUGCCUGGCUUUAUGUAUCCCACAAGUGCAGGACUGUGGAAUUGGCUUCAGAACCGACAUACCUGAGUACACUUUCCAGGACACCCUGAGUUCAGGCAGAGGAGUAGUUGCUGGGGAAAAUGAAUAGGGGAGUCCGAUUGCAUCCCUGUUCUGCUUCCCAGAGUCCUUUGGUUGGUCACGGUGUGACCUGAAAUGCUAAAUGUUAUGUAUUCAGCGGUCUGUGUUUGCCUGAGCUUGAGCCUGGACUAAGGAUUCUGAGCUCCUGUGUUCUGAUUGGAUACAUGAUGUCCAAUCAAAGAACAUUUCAGGAUUUGGGCCUCUGCCAUUGGCCCUUGAACUCCUGAGUCGUGAUUCGCAGCUUGGAAGUUUAGACAGCCAAUCGCGUUGGGAGUGGGAGUGGCCCAGGCUUUCAGGAAUGUAUAUAAGCAGUUGCUUUGCCCCUGUUUCCCAGUUAUGUAGUUCAAUAAAAGGUUCUUGCCGUUAUCGCUAUGUCUUGCCUCGUGGGAACCCACCUACACUUCACUAAGCAUAUUCCUCUGAGUGAGUGUGAUGCCGUUUCAAUGCACUUCUCUCCUCAUUAUGGCAAGCAGGCAUGGAAGGCCAAGCACACAGGAACACAUUUUUUAUUUUCUUUGUUUGUGAAAGAGUCAGUAGUGUGUGUGUGUUUGCUUGCAGACCUUGAUUUUCCAAUGACCCCUCCACCGUUGGACGCCUCUAAUUUGGAGCAGCUGGUGCCUCCGCUCCUUCCCCCUCCGCCACCCCCAGAGAAAUUGCCAUGGGCCCCCGACACCUAUCUGGAAAAAGGUACCUUGCUAAAUAUAAGACAACUCCUGGAGUCGGCUACCAGGGCAUUCGGUUCACAUUCUGACAAUGAGCACUGAUAUGUUUGGGGGUCUAAACCACCUGAAACCAUCUGCUGUGCACACACUUACCUGUAAUCCCAGGUGUUUGACUAGCCUUUGACCUAGUCAGCAGUAGGGCUGGGCAAUAUCUGGUUGUGAUAUAUCACCAGCUAAACAUUGUGAUAUACUGAUAUAUCACAAUGUCUGAAAUAAGGAUGGAACUGUGUAGAGGCAUUGACUGGCUUCAAGGUUUCCCCCGCAUUGUGAUUUUUUUGCAUAGCACAGACAUCAUAAUUCGUAAUAUAUUGUCAGGUCAAAAACUAUGAAACUGAUAUCUUAAUACGGAUUUCAAACCGGUUUUGGACCAUGUAUUGAUAUAUCGCCCAGCCCUGUUCCGCAAUGAGAACUAUGCAAUUCUGCAAGACUCUUUAUUUGCCUGCAUUUUCUCUGUUCUGCACAAAUGUUGUGCUUCUCUGCUUACCACUGCAGUGGAUUUCUCCUCUGUUCCUUUUCAAUCUGCAUUUCUGUUUAGAAAGCCCUAUAAUGGGGCUUUCUAAAUAGGGGACGCGGGUGGCGCUGUGGUCUAAGCCACUGAGCCUAGGGCUUGCCGAUCGGAAGGUCGGCGGUUCGAAUCCCUGCGACAGGGUGAGCUCCCGUUGCUCGGUCCUAGCUCCUGCCAACCUAGCAGUUCGAAAGCACGUCAAAGUGCAAGUAGAUAAAUAGGUACCACUUUGGCGGGAAGGUAAACGGACAAUAAAGCAAGAUGAGUGCUGCAACCCCAGAGUCGUUCGUGACUGGACUUAACUGUCAGGGGUCCUUUACCUUUACCUUUAUAUUGGGGCUGUACAAAGAUAUUUGAGUCCCCAAGGUUUAAAAUCCAAUUUGUAUAUACUGUCGUACCUCGGCUCCUGAAUGCCUUGGGAGUCUAACAUUCCAGCUUCUAAACAAUCGUAAAGCGGAAGUCAGUGUUCCGGUUUUCGAAUGUUCUUUUGGAAGCCGAACGUCUGACGGGGCUUCUGCGGUUUCCAAUCAGAAGCUGCGCUUUGGUUUCCAAAUGUUUCGGAAGUCGAACAGACUUCCAGAAUGGAUUCUGUUUGACUUCCGAGGUACAACUGUACUAACAGGUCUGCUGGGAAGCUCUAAUGCGUGAGCCCCAUUGAGAAACACCUAUCCAUCUAUCUGAUUAGUUUGCCGUGGAGCUCCUGUUAAUUUGCACAGGGCCACGGCAGAACUUCCCAGUGGACUGGCCUUUUGCUUUCCACCCGCCAUCCUCAACAGCACCAAGCCUCUGCUGUUUAUGCCAUUCAGUGAAUGCCAUGGGUGACAUGUAUCCUAUUGACCGGAUGAUCCCCAAAUUGCCAUUCCCAGGUUCCCUUCCUUCCGUAAAUGCGUUUCGGGACUGGUGAUUUUUUUUGCUUUUCAUUGCUGACCUCCUUUCCCCCUUCUCUUCCCCUUUGCCUUCAGUGGUGACCCUCUACCCUUAUACUCAGCAGCAGGAACAAGAACUCUCGUUCGCAGAGGGGACUGUUAUUUACGUGACACGAAGAUACUCAGAUGGCUGGUGUGAGGGGGUGACAAGUGAAGCAAAGGGAUUGUUCCCAGGGAACUAUGCGGAGCCUCUGCCAUGAAGGAAGCAGAACGGAUGCUGGAGAUUUUUGGUUAUUUUAAAAAUGCAGAUACUUAAAAUGUGAGAUUUGGUAAGACUGACUACUCUGCUCUUGGUCUCAUAGAAGGAAACUUGGGUGGAAGUUGGUGUGUUGGCAUAUCAACAGCCAUAUUUCCCUCCCACCCCACUUUGUGCUAGCCAGGCUGAAGUAAUAGCUAGGAGGGGGGCAUUUAAGAAUAUCAGAGCAUCCCCAUCACCUCAGUUGAUUGGAAUGCAGAGAUGAAGGGUUAAAUAUCUGCUGUGGUUCCUCUCUUUUCUCCUCCUCUACAAAGUCUGUGCAACAGCUGUGCUAAGUGUGUGCACUCCUAUACAUACUUAGGUGGGAGAUUGUCCUGUUGAACGCCAAGGGGCCGAGUUCCAAUUUGGCACGUACAGGAUUGCAACCCACAGCAGCUGUUUCCGAAGCAACGAUUGCCUCAUCGUCAUCAACACCAUCACUUAACACCAUCUCAGUUUUAGUGUAACACUGUGAUGCAUCCACUCUGCCUGCCCUGAGUAUCCCAUGUGUGGAUACUCUUAUAUUUCCAUAGCGUCAUUGUUAUACUGCUGUUAUUUUAAUUGAUUUUAAAGCCAGUUAUGUAAUAUACGUGCAACGGAAAGGUUGGGCAUGGGGGGGGGCGGGGAGAUACAGCAUAAAUGAAUGAAAGCUUAGCUCCCUACAUUGAGAAAAGCAUCUGCAAAGUGCUUUGGAGGAGGCUAGGUAUGUUGUGCUGCCCUGCACCUGCCAGCUGGUGGCGCUCUUUGGAUAUCAUGGUCUAGGUCAGGGGUUGGCAAGGUUUACCUUGCCUGGGCCAGUUCACUCCAGCGGAGAUCCCUCUGUGGGCCAGAUUGCACGAUUUCCAGUGUCUGUGUGUGCGCAGGUGCUAUUUCCGGCGCCGCGAAAGCAAGUCCCUGCGCCGUGCUGUGCGCCAGUUUCGUGCAGUGCGCAGGGACUCACUGAGUGGGCGGCUUGGUUCGGGGGUGGCUCGUGGGCCGGUUAAACGACCCUGUGGGUUGCUUGUGGCUGACUCCUGGUUUAGAUUCUAGAGCAGCCUUUCUCAACCUGUGGGUCCCCGGAUGUUGUUGGACUACAACUCCCAUCACUCCUAGCUAGCAAGGCCAGAGCUCAGGGAUGAUGGGAGUUGUAGUCCAACAACAUCUGGGGACCCACAGGUUGAGAAAGGCUGCUCUAGAGGGAAGGUAGAAGCUACUUGACUAGAUACUCGCAAAAGAAACAUUCUUUUACAGUAGUGAACACUGAAUUUCUGUCAUUCCCAUUUGAGAUGUUGGGUGGCAUUUGUGCACCCAAAUGUCUGUCAGGGACUGGUUGGAUGAGGAAGAAUGGUGGAAUCUGCCCAAUCAAGAGCUCCCCAGGGAAGGCGCAGAGGAAGAGGAUUUUGAACCUGGGCCUGGUAGUGGGACAUGGGACACACCUGAGGAGGGGACAAGUUGGGAAGUGCUAGAAACAGGGUGCUUGAGGGAUAGCGAAGAGACCAGAAAGAGCGAGGAGUUUUCCAUUUUGGAUGUAGGCACCAACAGCGAUGACAGAGGGGAGGCGGACCUUGCAUUUCUCUCUUGGGGCCAUUCUGACAGCUUCUUUGCUGAAAGCUUUCAAACCCCCGCCCCCCCACACUCCUAGAACGUGAUGUUUAUUGCAGGCAUAGGCAAACUUGGCCCUCCAGAUGCUUUGGAACUACAAUUCCCAUCAUCCCUGAACACUGGUCCUGUUAGCUAGGGAUCAUGGGAGUUGUAGUCCCAAAAACACCUGGAGGGCCGAGUUUGCCUAUGCCUGGUUUAUUGCAUGUUGCCAAGCGAGUGGCGAGCCAGGCAGACACAAAGGGAGUCCAUUGGAGCUCACCGUAGCCAAAGAUCACAACGAGAGGGGCCUGACAGUGGGCUAGGGAGUAAAGGAGGGGCUACAAGCCCAUCUGAACAACUGCUUCAUUAAUACAGGAGCAACCUUUAGUCAUCUCUGUGCUUUCUUUUCCUUAAUGAAGAAACUAACUGCACGUUCACCAAGCACCUCUCUCUCUCUCUCUCUCAGACCUGCAAAUGACCUGCUCUGCCUGUCAGCUCCCUGACAGAGUCCAUGUUGACUGCAGCUCAUGGAUCAUCAGAGCGGUUUGUCCAUCACUCCUGACACCCAUUAAUGCAGACACAGAGAACUAAGGGCACUGCAGGUGCUGGAACUCCCAUCAGCCCCAGUCACCAGAGUCAGCAGGGGCAAGGCAGAAGCAGUUUGCCCCCUUUCGCCAAAAUGAGAAAGUGCAGUCCUGCCCCACCUCAGCCUCCCUUACCUGGGUUGUGUGGUGGAGGCAGUGCAGGGACUGCCUUUGAGGCUUCCGCUGCCUGAGGCAGCUGCUUCAGUUUGCCUGAUGGGUGGGCCAGGCUCUGGGGCAAAGGAUGCUGGGAGAUGCAGUUGAGCAACAUCUGAAGGGUGCCAUGUUGUGUAGUCCUAGGCCUUCACAGGAGGAGGGGGAGCUGGUUCUAAGGCUCUGGGCUGUGAAGGGCCUAGCAAUUGUGCUUUUCGCACGCGCUGUGGUUAAAAAGGCGUUGUGGACAGGGAUGAAUAUCUGUCGACGUGAUGAGACAAGAAUAUGUAUGACUUAACCACCGAUGCCAUUAAAAGGAAGCUGUGGGCCUGAGAAUGAAGAGAGGAACUGAAGGGCUGGAAAUAUAGAAGUGGCUUAAGAUGCUGGUUAAGGUUAUGUGCGCAUCAGUGGCUUCAAACACAGUGAGGUUGUUUCUUCCUCCUCCCCAUCUCAAGCUAUAUUUGCACAUUGUGUGUACACAGCUGGAGGGUGGGGUGUCGAUGGUCUUCACUAGCUGCACGUUACCUGUUUGUUUUCCCCAUGCAACCCCCGCCCCCAAACAACUCUUUAUUCAUGAAUCUUGACGUCUGAGCAUGUGCGACGGCAGUCCCGAAUGUACACACCUCAGCUUCACGGUGAAGUGGAUGCGGCUUAUGUUUUCAAAUGGAAUGUGAACUGGUUUGAGGGGAAAUGCCACCACACAGCAGUAUUUCUCAAGAAACUACAGGAUACAGGUGACUUGUGUGGCUAACAUCAUGUGUACACUAGCAGUGGGAGCACACUGGAGCCAGAGUAUACAGUAAUGUGUGCCGGGCUAAGACAGGUGAUGUUGGGCUCCAGGUCCCAUCAGCUUCAGGCAACGCAGCCAAGGUGGUGAGGACUGUUGGGAGUUGCCAGCAGUCCUGGCAAGGAUGGGUGGCAGCUGCCUGAGAAUGGUUCCAUUUUCUCUGGUCUUCAGUUCUUCUUUUCUUCUUGGAGAAGGGAGGGAAGCACAUUAAGAGGGAGGUAUACAGUCGAAAAGAUAGCUUAUAAAACCAUUCAUUGCAAACUAGAAGUGGCUUCACCCCACAGGCCAACGGAUACAGUGGUACCUUGGUUCUCGAACUUAAUCCAUUCUGGAAAUCUGUUCAACACCUGAAACAUUUGAAAACCAAGGCAUGGCUUCCAAUUGGCUGCAGGAGCUUCCUGCACUGAAGCGGAAGCUGCGUCGGACGUUCGGCUUCUGAAAAACGUUAAAAAACUGGAACACUUACUUCCAGGGUUUCGGCGUUCAGGAGCCAAUUUGUUCAUCAACUAAGCCGUUUGAGAACCAAGGUUCCACUGUAUAGGGAGAUUGGUUUAGGACAGAAAGGGCAACUCCCCAGGAGGGAAGGAUAUCCCCCUCUCCUCAAUAUGCUUGCAAGGGUCUCAAGUAGAGAGGUUCAUACACUCAACAUUGCAGGAGAAAACAAAAAACAAAAUUAACAGUCUACAGGGCAUUUUGGAUACUUGGAAAUGUAGUCACAGAGCAUGC